AUGGAUUCAAUUCAACAAUUUAUUCAAACAUGUAACAGUGAAAACACCUGCAACUUCAUGAAUACAAUAAGCAGCAGCAACAACAACACAAGCUUAACGACGAUGACGAUAACAACAACAGCAAGUGGAAGCUCUUCUUCAUCUGCAGCUUCAACCAUAACCAACACACCGAACAGUAGCAGCCGGUAUGAGAAUCAGAAACGCCGUGACUGGAACACUUUUGGUCAGUACCUCAAGAAUCAUCGUCCUCCUCUUUCUCUAUCUAGAUGCAGCGGUGCACAUGUGCUUGAAUUUCUCAGGUAUUUGGAUCAAUUUGGGAAGACAAAAGUUCACACACCAAUUUGUCCAUUUUAUGGCCAUCCAAACCCUCCAGCACCAUGUCCGUGUCCUCUAAGGCAAGCAUGGGGAAGCCUAGAUGCACUGAUAGGCCGUCUUCGAGCCGCGUUCGAAGAAAAUGGAGGAAAACCAGAAACAAAUCCUUUUGGAGCUCGAGCUGUGAGGCUCUACCUUCGUGAAGUUCGCGAUCUUCAAUCGAAAGCAAGAGGGAUUAGUUAUGAGAAAAAGAAGAGAAAACGUCCACCACAACCACCACCACGGCCACAGCAACAAGUUCCACCAACACAAGGUGCAAGUGCAGCUCAUUAG